CAAUGAAAUCAUCUGGAAGGUUUGACAACUGCUUGACAUUUCUUGUUUGUUUACAUUUAUGGUUUAAAUGUUUUUCAUGUUCAAGUUGCAAUGUUUGUAUUGAUGAUAGAAAUAAUUUUUUUUUAGAAAUAUGGAAAAGCUCCUGUUUCGUUUGGAGCAACCCCAUGGAACUGGUGAUAUAUAUGUAGCAUGGCAAAAAGGAUCUGGAAAUUAUAUGGCCACUACUGGCAUGGAUUAUAUGGUGAACCUAUUCGAUCGUUAUGGCCAAAUAAAAGAUAGAAUUCGUUUACCGGGAUUAUGUUCCGGCUUCGAAUGGGACACUGACGGAGACUUGCUUGCCAUAAUUUCACAAACCCCUCAAGUUAUAAUAUGGGAUUCUAAUACCCAUAAGAAACUGACCAUAGAUGUAGGAUUUAAAGAUACUUUAACAUGUUUACUUUGGGCAAAAAAUAUACCAAUUUUAGCUAUAGGUACAGCUAAAGGAAAUGUUUCUAUUUAUGAUCAUAACUCAUCGAAACGAAUUCCUGUUAUUGGAAAACAUACAAAAAAAAUAACUUGUGGGGCAUGGAACAGUGAAAAUUUGUUAGCUCUUGGAUCGGAAGAUAAAACCAUAUCCAUCAGUAAUAUAGAAGGAGAUACAUUGAGAGUAAUUUCUUUAAGAGCUGAACCGUCUACUGUACAAUUUUCUGAAAUGAAAGUUGAUGACAGAACUGCAACAGGUGAAAACACAGUGAGCAUUCUUGUUGGAAGAAAAACACUCUAUCUCUUCAAUCUUCUGGAUCCGGAAAAUCCGAUAGAAUUGGCAUUUCAACAACACUACGGCAAUAUUAUUGCGUAUCAAUGGUACGGGGAUGGUUACAUCCUCAUUGGAUUCAGUGCAGGUUAUUUCAUUUCCAUUUCAACACACAUAAAAGAAGUCGGACAAGAAUUAUUUCAGAUCAAAAAUCAUAAGAAUGCCUUGACCGAUAUAGCUGUAUGUGAGGCAGUUGGUAAAGCUGCAUCUUGUGGCGAUAACUGUGUGAAAAUCCAUGAUUUAACAAACCUCCAUGAAACUUCGAGUGUGUUGAAUCUGACUCAAGAGUCGGGUUUAGAAAGAAUUUCCUGGAGUAAAGACGGCCAAUUGUUAGCGGUGUGCACAAAAGCAGGCUCUCUCAAUGUGUAUGUUUCACACAUGCGAUUAUUGACAUCAGUGUGCAUACCAAGGAUAGCGAUAUUGUCAAGUUUGACAGAAGUUAGCCUCUACAAUUAUGAUCCCACCAAGGUUAAGCUUAUACCUAUACCUAUCACAUUGGACAUAGAACCUAGCUUUAUAGGGGUGGGGACAUACCACUUGGCAGUCGGAAUGAACAACCGAAUAUGGUUUUAUGAUUUAACGAAACCCCAACCUGGAAUUGAGGACGCCCCAAUGUUGUUGAAGGAUAGACAAUAUCUGGGGGGCGUUACUGCAGUAAAAAUGAAUUCUGAGUAUGCAGCUGUGUUUUACGAAGGAAAAAUACAGUUACACCUGAUCGAACAACCAGAUUCAAGCCAAGAGGAGAAAGAAUCGAUAAUAUUCCCUGAUAAUUCAGAGGAAAACAUAACCUGUUUUUCCAUAACUACAGAUUUCUUGGUUUAUGGUACAGAUUCCGGAGAUAUUGCAUAUUUUUGCCUGGAAGAAUGGAGUCACUCGCAUCAGUAUAAACAUUCCGUUAGUCUUACCGAUAUAUUUUUAGAUAUAUCUGGGACAAGAGCUCUGGUUUUAGACGUUAAAUCGCAGGGUUAUCUCUAUAACGCAGUAUUCAAUAAAGUUAUACCUAUACCUGAUUUACCGAGUAAAAUAAGUGGAGUUACUUGGGACAGCAAUUUACCAGAUAGGGAUGUAUUUAUUGUUUUCAAUGAAAGUGAUAUCCUCACAUAUAUUUAUGUGAAGAAUUCUAUAUAUGAUGCUUCGGUGAAAAAGGUAGGUCAAACACCGCUACUAAGUAAGCAGAUACCAUUGUUGAUGACGUCAGGAGAGGUGAUUGCAGCUACAGCUGGAGGUCAGUUGACCCAGUUGCAACUCACUACCCACGACAACGGAAACAUAGAUAAGAAUCCGAAAGCUUUGGAAAUACGUUUACAGAAACAACUGGAGCUGAAUAGGUUUGACGAAGCUUUUAGCACCUGCGAGCUGAUCAAAUCUAAGGAAUCGUGGAAGAGACUGGGUGAAGAAUGUUUGAAACAUCUAGAGAUAGAGUUAGCUAUAAGAGUUUACAAAAAGUUGGAGGACGUAUCGAUGGUACGAUCCUUGAGAAGCCUUUCCGAAACUGAGGAAAUCAAACUCCUGUGUGGCUUUGUUUCACUUCUACUUGGCGAAUUCGAUAGAGCCCAGUCUUGGUUUUUGAGCUCGUCUAAUCCGCAUGCGGCCCUCGAAAUGAGAAGGGACCUUUUGCAAUGGGAACAGGCGUUAGAUUUGGCCAAGAAAAUGGCACCCGAACAAAUCGCACUAAUCUCCAGGGAGUACGCUCAACAGUUGGAAUUCAUAGGAAAUUAUUCCGAAGCUCUCAUUCAUUUUGAGAAAGCCCUUCAAGAAAAUUUGAGCGAGGAGCAUACCUAUCUCUGCAAGGCAGGCAUAGCGCGUUGUUCUUUACACUGUAACAACUUGAGGCACGGUCUGAGUAUAGCCAUCGAGCUGGAUGUGAAAACCUUGCAGAAAGAAUGCGCUGAAAUAAUGGACAAGAAAAAGCAGUUGUCUGAGGCAGCCCUACUUUAUGAGAAAUGCGAUAAUUACGAUAAGGCUGCUACCAACUACAUAAAAUUAAAAAACUGGACCAAAGUAGGGGAAUUACUACCAAAAGUCAGCUCCGGAAAGAUACAUCUAGAAUAUGCAAAGGCUAAGGAGAAAGAAGGACAUUACGAGGAGGCUGUUAAGGCUUACCACAGCGCUAAAGAUAUAGACUCCGUGAUUAGGUUGAAAUUGGAACAUUUGAACAGUCCGGAAGAUGCUGUUGAAUUAGUGCAAGAAACAAAGAGCGUAGAAGGUGCGAAGCUUGUGGCUAGAUUCUUUCAGAGGCUCAACGAUUACAAUUCGGCAAUUAAAUUCUUGGUUAUUUCGAAAUGUAACGACGAAGCUUUCGAUCUAGCCAGGAAACACGGUAAAAUGGAAUUGUACGGGGAAAUAUUGUUGAAUACAUUCUCACCCGACGAGUUGAAGCCUCAGGAUUUCGCCAGUAUCGCUUUGUAUUUUGAGAAUGAAAAGAAUCUUUUACUUUCUGGUACUUAUUGGUAUCAUGCAAAGGAAUACAAUAAGGCUCUCAAACUUCUCCUCGACGCAGCAAAAUCUAACUCUAAAGAAAACGCAGCUAUCAGCACCGCCAUAGAUGUUGUUGCAACAUCUAAAAACGACCAGUUAUGCAACACACUAAUUGAUUACCUAUUGGGCGAAACAGACGGUUUACCUAAGGACCCGAAGUACCUAUUCAGACUAUACAUGGCUAAAAAACAAUACAAGGAAGCCGCCAAAUCCGCUAUUAUCAUAGCGAACGAAGAGCAAAUAAAUGGAAACUACCGAAAUGCCCAUGACGUUCUAUUCGGAAUGUGUCAAGAAUUGAAGAACAACAAUAUAAGGAUACCUCAAGAUAUGUUCUUCAACCUACUCCUGUUGCAUAGUUACAUAUUGGUGAGGUUACAUGUGAAAAGGGGCGACCACCUUAAGGGCGCCAGAAUGUUGAUAAGGGUAGCAAACCACAUAUCCAAAUUUCCAUCUCAUAUUGUCCCUAUUUUGACUUCGACUGUAAUAGAAUGCCACAGGGCAGGUUUGAGGCAUGCAGCUUUCAAAUACGCCACAAUGCUGAUGAAUCCGGAAUACCGGAAAAGUAUAGAUGCUAAGUAUGCGAAAAAAAUUGAGGGUGUUGUCAGAAAACCGCCUAAAAAUGGAAAGAAUGGGGAGCCUCUAGGCGAUCCCUUGGAAGCUCUGACACCCUGUCCAUAUUGUGAUAACAUGUUACCUGAAACCGACAUAUUUUGUAGUAGCUGUAAACUGAAUAUACCCUUCUGCAUUGUGACAGGUCGUCAUAUUGUUAAGAACGAUCUGAGUGCUUGUCCUGAGUGUGAUUUUCCAGCAAUAAGGGUGGAAUUUCUAGACAUUCUUGACAAAGAAGACAGUACUUGUCCUAUGUGUUCUGGAAAAGUAGAUCCUAAGAAAAUAGUGAAAAUUGAGGAUCCUCGUUCAUACCUGAACCUUGAAUAAAACUGAUCUCUUUUUAAUAUUACUCUUAAUUUUUUAGGCAAAUAAUUCCGUCCAUAUUUUGUGAUAGAGCAACACAUUUUUGCAAUGUUUGUGAGUAAUAAAUUUAACUUAUUGUUCUAUAUUUAUUUGUUAUAAAUAAAAAGUGCAAU